GUUGAUUAUAAAAAAGUAGGUUAGUUGGAAGAUGGAUCAGUCUUUAAAAUGGCAUACAUUUGCUUAAUAUAUACUUAUGUAUUUAGUUUACUGCAGAUGGUCUUCGAUCGAAAGUGAUAAGAAAUCACAAAUAAGCUGCUCCUUCUCUCACAACCAAGAUUAGCAAAGUCAACAUUUUUAAAAAAAUUAAGAGCGAAAACUAAUAUUUUUGAGUAUUGUUCACAAAUAUACCAACAUUUUUUGUAUGCUUCGGAUAUAAAGUCAUACCGCUAGAAAACAUUUGCUUCAGACACAAUAUGUUACUAAUUUUGAUGUAAUUUGCAGAAAGUCAAUAUAUUCAUUUAAACACCAUACGUCCAUUCAGGCACACUGUUGUUAAAUAACUAUAAUAGUUUCCGCAGAUAAUAUAAAAGUGAAGUAAUUUGUGAAGUGUGAAUGCUUACCAUUAAAGGAUAUUUGACAAAAAAUAAAUAAGUAAACAGUUCUUUGGAAACUUCAAAAUGAAUUUUGUGGUUCUGUUUGUCGAUUAUCAUCUAUUAUUUGCAGUAUAUGGAUUUAAGAUUAUUACCAAACGAAGCAUUGAUUUAACUGCUGCACAUUCGUCAAAUAUGGACGAACGAUUGCCAAGAGACGUGAUGCCACAGGAGUAUAUAAUUAACUUCUAUAUAAACUAUGAGAAGAAGAUGUUUUAUGGUAACAUGACUAUGAAGUUAAAAUGGGAAAAUGAAACAAAAAGGAUUGCGUUUCAUUCACACCGCAAUCUGCAAAUCCGCGAUCGUUCUUUUGAUUUACGAAAAUGUUAUCCCUAUGACAGCAAAAAUAUUAUGGAAGAUAGUUCUGUAGCACGUAUUAGCAAGUUGUACAAGAAAUCUAUUUAUACACUUCACUUAAAUAGUAUCAUAAAACGGGGAACACAUUGUGAGCUCUAUAUGGAAUUUGAAGGUCAUAUUUGGACGAAGGCUGAAGGAUUAUUUUAUGGCAGCUACCACGCUGAUAACAAAAGCGAACAGAUUGAAUAUAUUGCUACUAAUUUGCAUCCCAAUAAUGCGAGAAGAUUUUUUCCUUGCUUCGAUGAACCAGAAUUUAAGGUUCCUGUCAUUCUCUCAAUAUCAAGACCUAAAAAUUACGUCACGUUAUUUAACAGCCAACUAAAGUCAACUGAAUCGCAAUUUUUCGAUGGUAAGGACUACCUUAUUGAUACUUUUGAGAAAACUCUUCCAAUGUCAACGUGUAGCUUGGGAUUUAUGAUAACGCAAGAAAACAAAUUUAACAAUUGUAAACAAGAGCUAAAUGAUACAGUGCCAAUCAUAUAUUUAAGGACUUAUAGAGAUGUACCGGAUAUUAAACAGAUCUGCGCAAACAUAUGCAAGAUUUAUAAAACAAUCGCAGCAUAUUUAAGUAUUUUGCUACCCUUGGAAAAAUUUUAUAUAGUAACUCUACCCGAAGUUUCAACAGUUCGGCCGCUAAGCAAUUGGGGAAUAUUGAUUUUAAGCGAGAAUGACCUGAUGCAAAUUGGGAAUUUUACCUUGAUUCAGGAGUUAGUUUACCAAUGGAUUGGAACUUGGAAAACACCUUCUUGGUGGAACGAAAUACAAAUAAACAAAGCCAUUGUAAAUUUUGUUGCAGUUGACAUCGCAUUACAGAUUUAUCCUGGAUAUGAUUUUGAAGGAGGAUACCCAAUGACAAUGCUAUACUCCUUAUAUUAUGAGCUAAGUAAACGUUACCCAUAUUCGCGUAUUACCGUAAUGAAGCAGGAAUCUGCGUCUUUCAAGGCAGAGCUAGUACUUCGAAUGCUUAAUUACACACUAAGUAAAAGCACAUUAAAAUUUGGAAUUCGAAAAAUGAUUAGCUGUCAACCAAACAAUAUAUUUUCUGCGAAUAUCAUUUGGGAAGCUAUUAAUAAUCGGACUACCGAAGAAGGCAACCUAAAUCCUUUAUACAACAUUUCUGAAAUAGCUGAUUCCUGGAUUUCUACCGAUCGCUUGCCAGUGGUUUCAUUACAACGCAAUUAUACAUCAAACACAGCCAAAAUUUACCAAAAAAUGUUUCUACGCGAACGUCCGCAUGAUGUCCAAGAUCAAGAAAACAAAAUUUGGUGGAUUCCCAUAGUUUUAGUUGAACAAAACAGAUUAGACUUCUUAAACACUACACCAUAUCUUUGGAUGGAAAAUACAAUGGAAGGAAAACUAACGAACCUGUCAAAUCGUAAUUCCUUCGUCAUAAUGAAUCCUGAAGAGAUAGCACCAUUUAUGGUAAAUUACGAUCAACAUAAUUGGAAAAUGAUUUCUAAUUAUUUAAAAAACAAAAAAAAUCUGGAAAACAUACCAGCGUUAACACGUGCAAAAUUGAUUAAUGAUGCAUGGAACUUAGCAUAUGCUGGUGAGUUGAGCUUCAGUAUUGCUCUCGAUGUAACACUUUUUCUUAAAUGUGAGCGCAAUCAUAUUGUAUGGAAUCCAGUAUUUACAUUAAUAGAUCAGAUCGGUAGACGCAUAGAGAUUUCUAGAGUAUAUCAUAAAUUUCAGCAAUACGUCGUUUGUCUCUUAUCACCACUCUAUGAAGACCUAAGCAGUGAAGGGGGCAAUGGAAGCCAUUGGAAAACUAAUUUAAGAAAAUUAGCAAGGGAGUUUCUUUGCAAAGGUGGAUAUGAACCGUGUAUUGAAGAAGCGCGUAAUACUUUUGAGAAAUGGAUGAAUCAAAACACUUUAGAUUUUGGAAUACGAAUCGAAAAUCUGCAUAUAUGUCCAAUUUUAAGAUGGGGUACAAUGAAAGAGUGGGAACUCAUUCUGAACUAUGUGCUACAUUUCCCUGAAAAUGGAAUAAAGAGCGAAAGAACAUUUCUCCUGAAAUCAGUAGCUGGAUGUCCGUUACAAGAAAAUAAAAUUCAUCAGUUACUAAAUUUGACGCUAUUACAAAAUAACCCACUAUUCUCUAACGGGGAUUUAUAUAUAAUUAUUAGAACAUUAGCCAAGGAAUCUGUUGGAUAUCAAACUCUUUUCGAGGUUUUGUCGUAUAAUUUUAUGGAAAUAAAUGUUCGUUUUCAAAAUGAAACCAAUAUAUGGGACAAUCUAAUAAGUUCAGCUACUGGGAUGUUUACAACUCAGCAAGGGUAUGACAAGGUUACACAACUAUACAGAACAUUCCGAGGACAUUUUAAUAGUGCAGAGCAUAUUAUUCAAACAUCUGUAAGAAAUAUCAAAGAAGAAGUCAAAUGGAGCAAUGAAGCUAUUCCGGCUAUUGAGAAAUGGCUUGAUAAUUAUUUUAACAAAACACUUCAAUAAGUUUGCACCUUUUUAAGAAACAAAUUAUUAUAAAUUGAACUAAAAAUAUUUAUAUUACUUAUAGAUAAACAGGUUCAUGAUA